CAGUAUGAGCCCCUACUUUGAGUUUACUUUUCUCUUGUCGUUCUCACUUUUACCUCAAGGGGAGAGUGAAAUGAGGCCAGGAUCAUGGAACUAUGAUUGUAUAUUAUGGCAGAAACGACACUAAACAGACUCUUGUUUAGUUAGUUGGACUUUGGAGAGGGACUGAGUGAGAAACAGUUCUUCUCAUUCCUCCGUCCUCUCCACUUACUUACUUACUAGUCCUACUACUCCUACUGCAACUUAUUUUCACAUUCUCAAUUAAUCAUCCUCAUUCUGCACCACCAAGUACAUUAUCAUACGAAAAAAUAAGCUUUCUCUCUGCUCUCCCAAAAUGCAGCAGCAAAGGAGCAGCAUUUUCUUCAUCUUCCUUGUCAUCUCUUCCUCUCCCCCUUCCAUGGCAAUGCUCAACCUCACUCUCCCUGGCCAGCAUCCCCACCCUGAAGCCGUCGUCCAAGAUGUCCACAGGCGAGUGAACGUGUCGCUGUCAAGAAGACAAAUGCUAUCGUACACUGAUGCCGACCAGUCAACCCUCUGCCCGACGGGGAACCCCAUCGACGACUGCUGGCGGUGCGACACCAGCUGGCAGCUGAACCGGCAGCGCCUGGCCGACUGCGGCAUCGGCUUCGGCCAGUACGCCCUGGGAGGCAAGGGCGGCCGCUACUACGUAGUCACCGACUCCUCCGACCACGACGCCGUCAACCCCCGCCCUGGCACCCUCCGCUACGCCGUCAUCCAGUCGGAGCCCCUCUGGAUCGUCUUCUCCGCCAACAUGCUCAUCCGCCUCUCCCAGGAACUCAUCUUCAACAGCUACAAGACCCUCGACGGCCGAGGCGCCCAUGUCCACAUCACCGGCGGCGGCUGUAUCACCCUCCAGUACAUCUCCAAUGUCAUCAUCCACAACAUCCACAUCCACCAUUGCUACCAGUCCGGCGAGGCUAACGUCCGCUCCAGCCCCACUCACUACGGCUGGCGGACUCUCUCGGACGGCGACGGCAUCUCCAUCUUCGGAUCCAAAGACCUCUGGAUCGACCACUGCUCGCUCUCGCACUGCAAAGACGGACUCAUCGACGCCGUGAUGGGUUCCACAGGAAUCACAAUUUCAAACAAUUUCUUCUCCCAUCACAACGAAGUCAUGCUGCUGGGUCACAGCGACGACUACUUGCCCGACUCCGGGAUGCAGGUGACCAUAGCGUUCAACCAUUUUGGGCAGAAGCUGGUGCAGAGAAUGCCGAGGUGUAGAAGAGGGUAUAUUCAUGUCGUCAACAACGAUUUCACGCAGUGGGAGAUGUACGCCAUUGGAGGAAGCGGCAAUCCCACCAUUAACAGCCAGGGGAAUCGCUAUAUUGCGCCCUCCAAUCCAUAUGCUAAACAGGUGACGAAGAGGGUGGAAACGGAGGAAGAAAGAUGGAAAGACUGGAAUUGGAGGAGUGAAGGGGACGUUAUGGUGAACGGAGCGUUCUUUGUGGCGUCGGGCGCCGGAGCAGAGGUUAGGUACGAGAAGGCAUACAGCGUGGAGCCCAAAUCCGCUUCUUUCAUUGACCAAAUCACCAUGAACGCCGGAGUUCUAGGCAGCAGGAGCAACAAGCUGAGCAAGUGGACGGCGGGAAACAGCGGCGGGGGCGGCGACGGCAUGGUUUUAGAGUCCGGCAGCGAUGAAGACGAGUCCGAUAAUAUUUUCGGGAGCAACGCGCCGCCGUCCUCCACCUCCAUUUUGAUGGUUAUUGUAUUGUGUUCAUCGACUCUGCAGCUUCUCUACGUGACCAAAACAUCGGUCACAUUGUAGUAUGAAUCUAAAAGAUGCUCAUAUGUUGCAUUCAUUUUGCAAUCUACAACAAUUAAUCGGUCUACAACAACUGAAGAACAGCCCCCAUAUGUGUUCCUUUUUGUAGAUAAUUUCCCUGGAUAACAAGCAAGCAAGCCCUCCCAUUAAUUUUGCCAAAAAACAAAAAAAAAAAACACAGCGUUUCUAUCUAUAUAUAAUUGAAUGUAAUGUAAUGGCCCAAUCUUGCCAAGAGAUUACCAA